AUGAAAUCUCAAGAUUGCAAGGAAGCAAGAGAUGCACGCAAGAAGCUCUGGGUUGAGAGACUGACUUAUCUAAAUGGAAGAUUGCAAGCCCUCGCUUGGGUUGCUGGUGCAGUUGCUGUUCUUUACUAUACCAACUUUUUCUAUGUAGCCUGGGAAAAUGAAAUGGUCAAUCGCUUUUUCUUUGCCUUGACCUUGAUAACCUUUGGAAUUUAUUCAUCAAUGAUUAUUUAUGCCUCAUUCUUCUUACCUACAUAUGAACCAGUAGAGGUCACUGCUCCUAGACUGAUCCCAGUUGCAACUGCAAUAGGUGUUCUUUGCUUUAUCUGUGCUCACAUUGCAUUUUGGCCUGUUUGGGGGCUGCUUACUCCUGGGAUCCUUAUUACUCUGAUGAUCGGGUAUCUUAUGGCAGGCUCAUUUUUGCCUAAAAGUUCUCUUGGCUCAGUGCUGUUCUUAGGCUUAUUUAUAGGUGCAGCAAUUACCUCUCGUUAUAUUCCGCAUAAAGGACUAUUGCACUAA